CGUUGGAAGCGGCGACAGGCGGCCUGGCUGGGGAAAUUCCAUGUUUGCAGGACGGGCGAGGAACACGUGGAACCUUCCAGCCGUCGUCCUGGAAAGAUUCGGGCAAGGCGGCAAGGCGGCAAGAUACGCAGCCGCGGGUGUCCGCUUCGAAAGGGAGCCUUUCGGACGCUCCGAGAGGGACCAGCCCACAGGCCCCCGACGCAGAGAAGGGUCCUCGGCAGAGACACCCCGCCGAGUUGGGAAGCGCAGCCUCCCGAGAGAGGCAGCGGGGGCCGGGCAGAGGGAGGGGCCGGGGCUGGCGCCCAAGAGGAGCACCGUUUAAAAGGCCCGGUCGGCCCGCCCCGUCUAAGCUGCUCCCCGCUUCUCCCGGCUAUGGCUCCGUCGCUGCCGCCGUUCCUGCGCUUGCUGUUGCGCUGCAGGGCCUUCCUCAUGCUCUUCGGCACCCCGCUCGCUCUGCUGCCGCUGCCGCUGCUGAUCCCCACCCAGGAGGCCAGAUGUGGCUAUGUGAUCAUUCUCAUGGCUGUGUACUGGUGCACAGAGGUGAUUCCUUUGGCUAUUACAUCUCUCUUGCCAGUUGUUUUAUUCCCAUUGUUUGGCAUCCUGGAAUCCAAAAAGGUGUGCAUGCAGUACCUAAAGGACACAAAUAUGCUCUUUGUUGGGGGCCUGAUUGUGGCUGUGGCUGUAGAGCAUUGGAACUUGCACAAGCGGAUUGCGCUCAGAGUGUUGCUAAUCGUUGGUGUGAAACCUGCACUCCUGAUGAUGGGAUUUAUGGGGGUUACGGCCUUCCUGUCCAUGUGGAUCAGCAACACAGCAACCACUGCCAUGAUGGUCCCCAUCGUCCAGGCUGUUCUGGACCAGAUGAACAAUACAGAGGAAGACCUGGAGGUCAUGGAAUCAACUGCUGGACACAUCAACAACGCUAUUGAACUGGAAGGGAAAGUGUCCACCGGUGUCUCCACAGUGCAAGGCAAUGGAUACCUUCCUGAUGAUUCCCAAGAGCGAGACAGGGUAGCAAAGAAGCAUGUCAACAAGGGAAUGACCCUGUGUGUGUGUUAUGCAGCAAGCAUUGGCGGGACAGCCACCCUUACAGGGACAGGCCCUAACUUGGUCCUGAAAGGUCAGAUGAAUCAACUGUUUCCAAAAAAUGAUGACAUCUUGAAUUUUGCUUCCUGGUUUGGAUUUGCCUUCCCCAAUAUGUUAUUGAUGCUGAUGCUGGCCUGGUUUUGGCUUCAGUUUUCCUUCAUGGGAUUUAACUUUCGGAAAACCUGGGGUUGUGGAAGCCAAAAGACUGAGAAGGAGAAGGCUACUCUCAACAUGCUGAAGGAGGAGCACCGAAAGUUGGGGCCCAUCUCCUUUGCUGAAAUCAAUGUCCUCAUGAUUUUCACACUGCUGAUUCUCCUCUGGUUCACCCGAGAUCCAGGCUUCAUCCCAGGCUGGGCAACUUUUCUGUUCAAUAAAAACAAAGAGUAUGUGACAGAUGCCACUGUGGCCAUUUUUGUGGCGCUACUGCUCUUCAUUGUUCCUGCCACGAGGCCCAGAUGUGGUUUCUGCAGCCAGAACAGCUGUGAUCUGGAAGAAGCUGAGGAAGGUAUGGAGGAAUCAUUUUUGCCAGCUCCACUGCUGGAUUGGAACACCGUCCAGAGGAAGUUGCCUUGGAGUAUUGUGUUGCUCCUUGGAGGUGGCUUUGCUUUGGCCAGUGGAAGUGAUGCUUCAGGGCUAUCCAAAUGGCUGGGGGAUCAGAUGACACCAUUGCAGACUAUUCCUCCCUGGGCCAUUGCAAUUGUCCUCUCUAUUAUCAUUGCCAUCUUCACUGAAUGUACCAGCAAUGUGGCCACAGCCACCCUCUUCCUGCCAGUCUUUGCAUCAUUGUCACAGUCCAUUGAAGUCAAUCCUCUGUACAUCAUGAUCCCAUGCACACUCAGUGCUUCCUUUGCCUUCAUGCUCCCUGUAGCAACCCCUCCAAAUGCCAUCGUGUUCUCGUAUGGCCAUCUCCACGUUUUUGACAUGGUUAAAACUGGAAUUGUUAUGAACAUCAUUGGAGUCAUUUGCAUAACUCUGGCCAUCAACAGCUGGGGUCGUGCCAUGUUUCAUUUAGAUACUUUUCCAUCAUGGGCAAACAGCACCAUAGGGAAGUGAAAACAAAGCCAAGAGCAAUCAUGCACGUGCGUGGACUUCCGCUUCCCUUCUUGCCCCAAACCUUUCUCAAACCUUAGUAGGCCCACUGAGGUCUGUUUUUGUCCGGAGUUGGGGCAGACCACCUGGAAAGCAUUCUAGCUGCACCUAAGUUGUCUGUGCUGCUUCCCCAAGAAUCUCUGAGCAAACAUCUCAGUGGCAUCUCGUGCAGCCAGUGCUUGCCCAGCUGUGUUCCCAGGCAAACUAGGAACAGAAUACGGGUUCUUUAGAAACAAAACAGAAAUCAUGAAAAAAAAAGCUGCUCUGUUUAAAUAAGGGAAGAAAGUGGCUUCAGAACAGACUGGGCUCACAGUCAUUAAGGUAAAACCCGGAGCGUAAGUCAAGUGCAGGCGCUGAUUAACUCCCUAUAGCGUCUGCCAUGGGCCUGCAAGUUAAUCAUUGUAUGUGUGACUCCUGCUGCCUGACUAAACUCACCCAGGCAAACCUUGUUUGAGGAGGGCCCAGCAAAUCCCUUGUGGCAAGAAGAAUGCCUCCUCUGCACUGGCUGGAAGGGCGUAUUUAUCUGGACCGUAUGGGCUAACAACAGCCUGACGGGUUCUGUUUGUGGCAGUUCCCAGCCAGGCGGAAAACCAGUUCUAUCUCCCCUUCUCAUUUGCAGGCCUAAAGCUAGGCAGGUGCUAGUGAAAAGGCAGAAGGGGAGGUGGAUGGACAGGGGUGGGCUUGAAAGGGAGGGAGUAAAUGCAGAAUGGCCAGGGCUAAGCACAGGUAGCUUAAUAUGUUUAAUAUUGUUAUUUAAGUUGCCUUAAAAUGAAUACAAUACCGUUUGCAUUUUGUACAUCUGACAAACAUACAUUUUAAAAUAUCCUAGUGCUUUUGGAGUCAGUGGCUAGAAGGCAGCAGAUUAGUGAGCUAUUGGAUAAAAUCCUGCCUGUCUGUUUUUCCUUUGAGAAAAGAAAAAGAAAAGAUCUUAAAAAUGUAACACAAAUAUUCAUGGAAGACGCCUGGAGUAUCCUCAUAUACAUAAUCUCUCCUCCCAUUCCCUAAGCUAAAGUUCUGCUUGCUUGACCUUCUGAGUAUGAAAAGUCAUCUUUCAAAUGUUUCUUUGCAAGAGUCAGGAGGAAGGGUACUUGUAGCACAAAUACGCAAAAAAGAUGUUUAAAUUAUUUUUCCUAUGCAGUAGUAGCUUGCCUGUCUUUGGGAGCUUGCAAGAAUAAGAAUUAUUUUUUAGUUGAUGGAACUUAUUUGAUGUUUUUCCUUGCUGUCUUCAAUCAGUAUGAAUGACUUUAAAAUAAUUUUUAAUUCUUCAGUUAAAGAUCAAGUGAUGCUUAAACGUACCAAUUCUGACAGAUUGUUGCAGGCAGGAAACUAUAGCACCGGAUUCAUACACUGGGCCGAGCCAUCACAGGGUUUGCUUGGUUUCAACUUAGCACGUUGCAUGAAUCCAGCUAUUGUGGCUUAGCCUGCUGUGUAAAUGCAUAUGAUUCUUGAAAUAGCUAAUCCUGCCCAACUUUACUAGUGAUGACAUGACAUGAAAAGUGGGAAUGCAUGGCCUUCAGAAGCAGUAAGGACUGGAGAUUUCUGGUCAUAUGACUCCUAAGAAGAGACCAAAGGGUGAUUAACCUCUAACUACCUCCUACCUUCCCCAUUUCAUUUAGGUCCUGGCUGUAGCAUAUCUGCUUCUUAUUCAUUUUGUGAUCUGGCACCAUCAGCUUACAUGGUGGUUGAGGGAAUAGAGGCUCUGUACUCUAAAGAGGAAAGAUCUUGCAGGAUCCCACGUCCUAGACAGGGGUCCCAGUGCUUGUCAGAUCUCUUGAAAAAGUUCUUGCAAGGAGUGGUGGCAUAGGCCUACUUGCAGUGGGUACCGUUCAACUGUUCUUUUAAAAAAUCUCUCCCAGAUUUUGUUGUCCUAACUUAAUUAUUAUAAAAAAUAAAUGUGUCACCAUCCCAA